ACAUGGUAAUAUGCACCAGAAGCAAAGCAUAAGAGUGUAGGACUAAAUAGCAACAGCAAUGAAAAGUUUAAGUUGUUUGUUGGUGUUUUCUUUGGGAAUUUUCAUCCAAAUGAGUUACUGUCAUAGCAGCAUCACAACAUGCUUGCCUCAGAAAAAUGCUGCACUAUUCAUACUCGGAGAUUCAUUAUUUGAUAAUGGAAACAACAACUACAUCAACACCACCACCUCUUACCAAGCAAAUUAUUAUCCCUAUGGUCAAACUUUCUUCAAAUACCCCUCUGGCAGAUUUUCUGAUGGACGCAUGAUACCAGAUGUCGUUGCUGAACUUGCCAAGUUGCCAAUACUACCACCAUAUCUGCAUCCGGGUCGGGUUGAACACGUCUAUGGUGUCAAUUUUGCUUCAGGAGGUGCAGGUGCUCUGCGUGAAACCGCUCAAGGAUUCGUUAUAGACCUCAAAACUCAGGUAAGUUAUUUAAAAAAUCUGAAGAAUGUGUUUAGUAAGAGACUGGGAAAAGCAAUAGCAGAGGAAAUUGUGUCAAAAUCAGUGUACUUGAUUAGCAUUGGAUCCAAUGACUAUGGCUCCCUUCUCAACCCAGACUCAAAUCCUGUGUUUCCUCCUGGUAAUCAUCAAGGGUUUGUAGAUUCUGUCAUUGGAAACCUCACAGAUGCCAUAACAGAAAUUUAUAGUCUUGGAGGAAGAAAAUUUGGAUUUGUUAAUGUGGGUGCAAUAGGUUGUUCACCUGGCAUAAGGGUUUUGGUGAAUAAUGGAAGCACAUGCUUUGAAGAAGUAUUAGCCAUCGCAAGACUACACAACACUGCACUCUUAAAAAGGAUUCCUGAGCUAGAGAAACAACUCAAGGGAUUCAAAUAUUCAAUCACUGAUUUCUAUUCUGCAUCUCUUGAAGUGCUGAACAAUCCUACAAAAUAUGGUUUCAAAGAAACUAUUGUGGCAUGUUGUGGAGGUGGACCUUACAGAGGAGAUGGUAGCUGUGGAGGGAGGAAAGGAAUCAAAGAAUACGAGUUAUGUAACAAUGUCGAUGAACAUGUGUACUUCGAUUCUAUUCAUCUUACUGACAGAGCUAGCCAGCAUUUUGGAGAGCUUAUAUGGAAUGGAAAUCACACUGUCACAAGCCCUUACAAUCUCAAACAGCUAUUUGAAUUUUAAACUUUCAAUAUAUAGACAUAAAGCAAGACAUAACAUCACGAUGUAUUUGUUUCCACAUGUAAUAAUAAGAUGUUUGAGCUGGCUAAAUAAAACACCAUUCAUGAAAACUUCAAUAUGUAUUAUUAUUUAAAUAAAUUUAAUUUAAUUUGAUA